AUGGUUAAUACGGUUCAUCGAGGCAUUGUUACGGUCUUAAGAAGGCUCAACACGAUUACUGGAGAACAUCGACGAAACCAGUUCAUGAAGGAAACUCAGGAAACAAACAAUGCGCUUUGUUCCAGGAAGCAACUGAUGCAGAAAAUUGCAGAAUUGGUACUAAGACAUCCGGAAAGAGUGAAGAAGCAGGAUUCUCAGAAAGCAAAGAAGCAAGAACCUCAGGCGUAUACUUCAAGUUAA